AUGUCAUCAGGAAACAUGGCGCCGGAAACGCCCCCCAGUAGGGGCAUCUCCUCUCGUUUGCUGACCAUGAAGUUCAUGCAAAGAGCUGCCGCUGCCGAAUCCGCCGCCUCGACGCCCGCUUCAGAUAGUUCGUCGACCAAGCGCCGCAAGGUCGACAACUCUCCCCUGACAGGCGAGUUCCACUCCUUCGACGAGGCGGCGAUCGAGGCAGCACUCAAGCAGCAGGAGGCCGUGCGACAGGCCGCCUUAGUGAAGCACAAAGCUGACCUAGCCGAUACACAAUGGGUCCUUGAUGAUUCGUGGGUCAAGUCGAAGACUACGGCUGCCCAGCCGUCGCGCGACAUCGAAUACGUCAGCUUCGCUCAAAUAGAUGCUGCGGACGGCCGAGAGGAUGAACCACCGGCUGGUAGGAGGAUAGUUGGCAACUACAAGACUGCAGAUCACAAGAAUCCAGACAACGAAGAGUCAUCAGAUGACAGUUCUUCAAGCGACGAUAAUUCAGAUGGUGAAUCGCCGAAGAGGUUCAGACAGCGGGCGGACGGCACGUCACGACGCCAGGUCGCCUCUUCUUCCAAACAGGCCCUAGAGGCAGAAAAUGCGCGUGGGCUCAGGGACAAACGAAAACAACGACUAGUGAACCUGAACAAAUCUAUAUCGGGGGGUGGCGGCAUCUCCUCCAUCUCCUCCGGGGGCGGUGUCGGGGGGUUCUCGCGCGGCUCAAAUUUUACGUGCCAUACCUGCGGCCAACAAGGCCACAAAAUGGCCGAAUGCCCAAAUAAGCAGCGACGCAAAAGCCAGAAGCAAAAGUCUUCCCGUUGA